UUGCUUUCCUUCCUGGUCAGAACCAGACCUCUAGACGGACCUCUCGCGACGGAAAAACAGCGGCGGGUUAGCAGUUCAAGGGAAAGGAGACUUUCACCAUCAUCCGAAACGAUAUUUUUACCAUCGUCCCUGUCCGUGGAGAUCCACCAUGAGUCCUUUCUCCCAUAUUCGCGCAUGCGACGAGCAUUUCGCUUCUUCUGCGCGCUAGGACCUGCAGCUAUACCCGAAAUCUUUCUGUUUCGAAUGCAGCAAGAUUCCCAUAUUUGGAGUCCGGCCGGAGAGGUGCAAUCCGUGCGAGCACCCCGUAUUGAUCCAGUUCUCGACGAUUUUACCAGCGGGGAGUGUAUCGGCUUUCUCAGGGUAUAUAAAGAACUAGGUUUCGUGAGUGCGACAGUGGGCGACUUUCAGAGGGAGGAGUAUAAGAUAGAUUCCGCAGUCGGGAAGGUUUUGGGAAACGAGCCUUGCAUCCCUGACCUGGAAUGGGUGGUGGUUGUCGCCAUCAGCCAUGCAUUUCCCGGGCGCUGGGAAGAGAACUGGUUCACCGACACUGGCCGUCUCCUGCUUCCACUGGUCCAACAUGCCUUUCGUCAAUGUUCAGAUUUGCCGGCCAAGGUGCUCCAGCAGCCCCAGCACGGUUAUAAGGUUCUUCUGACCCUCUUGUUAUCUACCCACCUGCCAGGGGCCGAUUGGAAGUUGGAAGCUCUACAUAAAGCGGAAGACGUCCUGCGGUGCUGGCCUGGGUUUGCGGACGAAGAUACUGCCUAUCUUCGGGGUCUGGCGCAGAUGAGGAAGCGGGAGCUCUCUCGCAGAUUGCAGGGCGUUCAAUGGAGCAGCGCGGAGCCUGUACUAGAACCCAUUGAUCCUCGCACAUACUGUCUUGACGUCGCCUGGCAACGCUCGGAAGCGCAGGACAGGAUAAUGCUGGAUACCCCCGACCUCGACGGGGCGGAGAGAAUCCUACAAGGGCUCUCGCCCACCAAACUCAGCUCUAGCACAAUGGGAAGAUCGGAGUCAACACAUGUUGACUUUCUCGCCGCCAAGGUGCAACGCUGGCAGGGAAAAUUUGAACAAAGUGAAGAAAUCCUGCGACGGCUGAUCGAUAACUUCGGAUAUCAAUACAAUGAGAUGGGAUGCAGCGUCUGGUCGCAUUACGUUGCGGUGCUCUGCGAGCUGCAUCGUUUCACCAAAGCGGAGUACUGGGCGCGUCAUGCCCUUGAUGGUCUUCUCAAGCUCACUGAGGGGGGCAUCCAUGCAGAGCGUACGAGAAGGCAUCGGAUGCUGCGGCUAUUGGUGGCUGAAACACUUGUCUGCCGAUGUCUAAGCGAGACACACUUCGACAGCCGCGAAGCGGCCCUGAGGGAAUCUGAUAUGACGUACGCCGCCCUGCACGAGGAGUAUCGCAAUCUGGCCAAGCGUGAUUGGGUCUCCCGGUUCGAAGAGCUCCGGGUCUACCUAGGAAGGGCAUUAGUAGCAUCUCUCAUGAACCGGUUAGAUGAUGCAAAUGCACUUUGGGAAGCGACACGGAGUCCGGCACGAUAUUGCGAGCAGCACGGGAAAGUUACGGGGUUCGUAGAGAUGUUGAUAGAAUACUCGCUCAGCACCAUUGCAGCUGAGCGGGGCGAUAUGAAUGAAGCACACCGUCAUCUACGCGACGCAAAAGCUCUUUACCGUCGAAUUGGACGGGAGCACUGGUGGACGUGUCUGGGCACCGCUCUCUUGGAUCGCUACGCACAAAUCUUGAGACAGUUUGACAUGUUGUCAGGAACCGAACCCUUCUGCCCCCCUACAUAAUCGCAUCUGGAGGGGUGACCCAUCUCAAGCCAGGACGAAGG